UUCCGAAAUCGUAAAAUAUCCAAUUUCCCACCUUUUCUUGUACUGUAGUACCGUACGAUAAACAUGAAUUGAAUUCCUUGUGCUGAUUUACCGAUUACGAUUUUUAUUGAAUUUUACUACAAUUUAGUCAAGUACACUGUACUCAUAUACAUGUAAGAUACAAUAUCAAUAUAAUCAUGGAAAUCACAAAUGCUAAUUUCUGCGACGAAUUAGAAAACAUUUCGAAAAACCUUAAGCAGUCUUGUUUUGUUGGAUUUGAUGCAGAAUUUACUGCUAUUUUAUCGAGUGAAACAUUUAAACACAGACUGUUUGAUACUAGUGAAGAUAGAUAUAAUCUAAUGAAAAAUGAAGUAAGCAAUAUGAUAAUGACCCAAGUAGGCCUGACAAUGUUCCUGUAUGAUAGAGACUUAGAUACUUAUAAGGCUAUUGGAUACACUUUCCACUUGUGUCCUCAAGUAUUUGGAGAUAUAGACCAGUCAUUCAUAUUUCAAGCAUCCACCUUGCGAUUUCUGUGUAAACACAACUUUGAUUUUAAUAAGUUUACAUACAAUGGACUUCCUUAUUUAAGUAAAGCUGAGGAAGCUAUGGUUAGACAGGAGUUAAAGGAUAAAAACCUGUUUAACAACUUGACAAGAUCUUUAGUAAUGGAUGAAGAGAGAAAAUUGCAGUAUUACUGCUCAGAAGUUUCUAAGUGGUUGGCAAGUAGUGAUGAAGGUACUAUGUACUUAGAUGUACAGGAUCCAGUACUUAGGUACAUUGUUCACAACGAGCUUAGGUUGCGGUUUGAUGGUAUCCUCACCACCAAUAGCUUAGGUAAUAGCAAUAAGGUUUUAAUAUACAGAGAUAAAUAUGUAGAAGGCGCCAGUAGUGCACCAAUGCAGAUACUAGAAGACAAUCUUAUGACCCAUCUCCUGGGAUUUUCACAGAUAAUAGACUUGCUUAUCACCCAUAGAAAACCCUUAAUAGGCCAUAACAUAUAUUUAGAUACAAUUUUACUUCAUAACCAGUUCAUCGGUCCGCUCCCAUAUAAAUAUUCUACAUUUAAGAAGAAUAUUAAUGAUGCAUUUCCGUUGAUUUUUGAUACAAAGACUAUUUCAUAUCAUAUGAGGAAAUUGCUGACUGUUGAUGAAGCAUGGAAGACCAAUGUACUUCAAGAUUUAUAUGAAUUUUUUGCUGAGGGAAAAUGUAAGAAGUUGGAAAAAGGAGUGAAUUUAAUUCGAUUGAUGACGUCAUUUAAUGUUAAGCAAAGCUUUCACGAGGCUGGCUGGGAUUCCUACUGUUCAGGUUAUUGUUUUAUAAGACUUGGACAUUGGGCGGCGUGUGAGCUCAGGGGCCAUAAUAGGCCUGUAGGUCCCACCGAGAUAUUGUCAGCCCUAGCUCCACACGCCAAUAAGGUCAAUGUCAUACGAGGCGCUGUUCCAUAUAUGAAUCUCGCCGGUUCGGACCCACUGAAACACCGACCAAUGGUUCUCCAUAUAAAAUCUAUCAAUGAUCGCGUCAUAAAUGUCAGUAAGGUGGCGUCAUCGCUGGCGGCCUACGGCUCUGUAGACGUAAAACUGUAUGACGCGCGCGCCGCGCUCGUAGCGACAAACUCGCAGUAUACCGCGGAUAGAAUUCUGGGACAAUUCAAGAAUAAUACAGACUAUAAAGUUACGCGGUACAAUCCUAUUAGACACUCGAAGGCCGGGCGUAUGGCUCUAUGGAGCGGCGCCAUAUUGACUACCGGUAUUUUUGUAUAUUUUCUCCACAAAAAUGUUAAUAAAUGACAAUAGUAUAUAUAGACACUGCCCAGGGAAAGCUCAUAGAAAAAAAGUCAAGAUUUCCACUUUAUUCAUAGAAGCCAAGUCCAACUAUCGCUUUUCAUCACUGCGUAAUCAGUUGACUGAAAGAGACGAUAGUGCUUUAGAUUAAAGUUAUAUUAUAUUGAUUAUUUCUUAUAGAGCCGCCAAUAUAUUUAUGAAGAUAAUAAAUUUUCGUCUUCCGUCUGUAUUUUAUGCCUUAAUGUUGUUAAUACGCUUAAAAUAUUAAUGCACUCAUGGUACAAAUAAAAUAAAAUUUGUUAUUAACUUUGUUUUAUUUUAAAAAAUAUCAAAAAGGUUUUAUCUGUGCGAAUAGUACUGGCCAAAAAAGAAACAAGUGAGAAUCUCAGGGUCGCAUUUUUCGGUACUCUGUGUUAC